AUGAAGCUACUACAUGGUCUCUUUGCCUGCCUAAUGGCUUUGCCAUUAGCCCUCGCCAGCUUGGACAGCGAGGCAUCCACGAUCCUCAGCUCUUUGCCCCCCUGUGCGGCGAAAUGUCUAGUGACGAAUGUCUUGUCCUCGACUUGUGACCUCGACGAUUAUCAUUGCACGUGCGAAAACAAACCUCUUCAACAAGACCUCGAAAAGUGCAUUUUGGCAAGUUGUACUAUCAAAGAAGCGUUAUUUACAAAAAACGCUACCUCGGUACUAUGCGGCGCCCCCGUUCGAGACGUUCGACCCAACUUUACACGCAUCAACGACGUAAUGGGAAUCAUGUCAGGCGUAUUCGUCAUCCUACGCUUCGGCACCAAGAUCAUCUACAAAAUGCCCAUGGGCCUGGACGACGUCUUCAUCAUGAUCACGAUGCUUCUCUCUGCCUUUUGCAUGUGCAUCAACUCUUUCGGGGCUGCCCCGUCUGGAAUUGGCACCGACAUCUGGACCCUCACUCCUCAUCAGAUAACCGACUUUGCCCGCUGGUUUUGGACCCUUGUCUUGACCUACUUUAUACUACAGACAACGAUGAAACUCAGCUUGUUGUUCUUCUUCCUUCGCAUCUUUCCCAGUCGCGGUGUACGCAUGCUUCUGUGGGGAGCUGUCAUUUUCAUCUCUCUCAACGGGACGAUAUUUGCCCUUGUUGCCAUCUUCCAAUGCCAGCCCAUCAGUCACUUCUGGCACAGUUGGGAUGGUGAACACAAGGGUAGAUGUGCAAGCGUUAAUGGCGUCGCCUGGUCUAAUGGCGCUAUCAAUAUUGCAUCAGACUUUUGGAUUUUGAGUAUUCCGCUAUCGCAAUUGCCUAAAUUGAAUCUGGACUGGAAUAAGAAGAUCGGUAUUGCGGCGAUGUUUGGUGUCGGUACCUUCGUCACUGCCAUUAGUAUUUUCCGACUAUACGCCUGCAUCGUGGCUGGUGUCAGUCAAACCAACAAUAAAUCUUGGGAUUACCUCGCCAUGGCUCAAUGGUCUACCGUCGAGGUCAACGUUGGCAUUUGGUGUGCUUGCAUGCCCACGUUGCGCGUUCUUCUGAUGCGACUCACGGGCAAAUCUAAGCGCUACAUCAGCUAUGGCAGCCACAAGAGUGGCCAGGACAGUAGCCGCGAAGACCCCAACAGACCUCGUACUAAAACGUAUCCUCUGGCCGGUGCAAGUGCAAGUGCAACGGCCGGCAAGAGAUCACGCGGAAGGAUGCAUUCGAAUGGGAUUACCUGCGAUACAAUUGUCGAGGUGGAAUUCGGUGCUCAUGAUGAUGAGACGCAUCUGGUGCACAUGAAGGAAUUCAACCAUCGGAGCUUCUCCACCAUUGUAGUUUUGUUUCAAGUGCGACGUGACACUAUCUUUGUUUGGUUCAGUCUUUCAAGAUCUUUCGUCUGCUCAUCAAUCAACAUGCUUCUCAGCACCAUCAUCUUGGCUUUCCCACUGGCUGUUGCCUCUUGGCCACACAUUGAAGCAUGCCGUAAGGCCUGGCCCGCCGAGCCCUGUGCCUACAUCGCCGGAAACGCAAUGGUGCUAGGCACUUGCGAGAGCGUAUGCGAAACCACCAACUGUCCCAAUAAUCUAGUCUGCAAGCCUCGACGCUGGACUCGCCACUGUGACAACUGUGGCGGCGACCUCAAUACGGGCGGUGGCCGUGGAAGCACUCAUGGAACUGACCAUGGUCCUACCAUCCUCUGA